ACAGGCCUUACAUUGAAUGAUAGUGAUAGCUUUUGCUGUCCACCUUAACGUUGCGUGCCUUGACCGGAAGUACCGAGUGAGGAAACCUGAUUCGAAUGUGCUAUUCUACCGUAACAAAUUCAGCAGUGGAGCGGCGUUUACACCCCUGGCCAUGGUCCGAAAUAAUGAUCCACGAUCCUUUUUUUAACUAAACUAAAAACUUUCUACGGGCAGAACCGAGAACUACUCAAGUUCGCGUGAAAAGAACACAGAGGGUGCCUGGAGAAUUCGUUCAGCCUAGCUGAUAUCAUUGUAUCUUGCUAAUCAGUGAGUCCAAAAGACCAUUUUUGAUUUAUUAAAAUGUAUACUUUGCUCUAGCCUGAAUUUCAUCCGAUUACUUGGAGUUGUUUUCUCCUCUCAGCAACGUCUGUAACGACCAGCCGUUAAUGCCGUCCAGUGACGUCACUACUACCUGAAAACCGGGUAGUGACUUUGAUUGGUUGAUUGCCUAAAUAUUUGCAUAAUUUGUAUAAUUAUGAGAAAUUUUAGCGGGAUUGUCGAUUGAUAUUCAGCGGAUCGCAUCAGUGGCGCGGCGUUGCUUAAACGAGGGUAAGGGUAACACCCAUUGCUGAGCCUCAAGAUGAUUUCUCUUGUUUUAUUCCCCAAGCCCUCGCAACCAAGUAUGAAUUUAACUGUCUGUUGAUCACUAAAAGUAUUUGAAGUAGAGUUAUUACACAAAUAGGUUUCGAGGCUACUCAAUUGCACCAUCCAUAGUCAAAUAAAAAUCUUAAUAAUUGCGUUGGUUAAUGUUUAAAGACGAUAGAAAAAUGUAAAGUGUUUAAUAAGAUACGAGAAACAAUAAAGCGGGGGUGUUCAUGUUCGAGGCAGCCAGCUGUUUACCACAGUUAUUAAUAACUGUUACCACGAUCGUAAUCGUUUGCAGGUGAUCCCAUUCAAGAUGAGACAAGCCCGGUUGUGGUCCAUUUUUCCAUUUCCGAAGAUAAAGUUUGCAACACUCCGCCGGGAGGAGACUGUAACGGAGUAUAUUAUUGGAGAGCUCCAGAUUUCAUGGAUGGCUCCCUUUUCGUCGACCUUUUGACGGAAAUUGUCGAUGCAAUCUCAGAUAGGGAUUCACAAAGGUUUCUUCAACUCAUUGAGCCUUCGCAAACGUCAUGGGCUGAGUUGCGACGGUGGAACCGGAAGCGUAAACAGUGGUUUAGCGUCAGUGACGACGACGUUUCAUUGAGAGUGCGGGAAGCGUGCCUAACCUUUAGUACCAAUGGGGACUUCAUUUCCCUUUUCCCACCUGAAGGGGAUUUUGGUAUCUUAAGUGCUGACGUCCUUAUUAACAACGACUCGGACCCCUCUGGGGAGAUUCGGAAAUGCAUUAGUCAGAAUAUUGCUUCCGACAUUGCUGCCGAUAUUGCGUUGUGUGGUGAGGAGUUUGAGAGCGCCGAGGAAACCGAGGAGAGCCAAGAUGUCUGUGUGGACGAUACAUAUCCGUCAGAUGAAGAAGAGAUUGACGAAGUGCAAGAGGCAAAUCCUGAGAAGCCAUGCUAUUAUCCAUCACAGAUAGAAAUGGCAACGAUUCUGAAGAAACGAAUUGACACAAUUAUGAGACAUUACCACAACAUCGCUAAGCUCAGCGACGCCUUCGACGACGUAGAGUUUGCAGUGUACACAGCAAGGUACCGGAUGCUUAGCGAUCAGACCGAGAAAAGGAUCUGUCACCCUGACGCUGGUGUCCUAUCGAAACAAGAACUCAAGUCACGGAAAGAGUGGAAUGGAAAGAAGAGAAUGUUCAUGUAUGUUCGAAGCGCGGAAACUGACAUGCAUUUUGAGCAGCUAAGAAAAGACGUCCAAGAAAAGCCAAGAACUCUUUUUAUUAUUAUUGCUGAUGAGUGCCAUUGGGGAAUAACAAAAGACAAAGACCAGAAACCAUCGGCACAUAAUCUGUUCAUCAAUGAAUGGUGUAAGGAAAACUCUCCCAGAAAUGUGGUCGUAGUUCAAAUCUCAGCAACACCUUUUAACCUUUUAACGCAGAACUCCCGCCUACCUGAAGUACGUUGCCUAAUUCUCUACGAGAGUAUUUCUACCGUGCGAAACAAUCAUUACAAAGCUGGCGAUCUCUUGGUUUUAGAAAGUGAACCUGAGAUUGAAAAACAUGACUUUGCAAAACCAACUUCCAAGGAAGUAGAACUUCAUGUUGUCCACUGGUCGGAGGUAGAGUUGAAGAACUUUGAAAGGGGAAUGCGAAUGAAACUCAAGUCAACAUUAACUGUUGAACGUUCUCCACACCCGCGAUACCUUCAUGUUUCCACGGAGGGGAAACUGGGCGUCGUAUACAAUGAAAGUGAUGCCACUGACUUUCUUGUACAAGGGAGUCAAGGUAUCGUGACAAUCAAGGCCAUUUUAAACGAAGGGAAGGUCCGUACACUGACCGGAGACUCGCACGGAAUGCUGGAAACCAUUGUUAACCCUCAGGAGUCAGCUAUGUUUGAGGUAAAGUUGGACUUUGGCGUUGGAGUUGCGGCGUUUUCUUGCAGUGACAGGAGAGAUCUCUAUUUAGCAGUCGACGACAAAGAUAACGUUUUGCUGCAAUCAGCUAGAAUUGAAAGAAAAUGUGGUGUGUCUAUUAUGAAAGCCAAACACGACUUGGGUCGCGUUUCAUUCGAAUUUUACAUUGAUCAAUGUGGACCAGCAGAAGUUGACUUGGUUGAACAACAGUACAUGAGUUUAAACUACUAUCUGAGCACCAUGACCUGUGGUAAAAGGAGUGAUCAAAAGAUUCGUCAGGACAAGUUUUUUCAAGGGAUCGUGGACACGGCAAAAAGACAAAACAAGCGGUGCACACCCCAGUCAUCAUCCCUCAAAAUAGACGCCCUUCUAUGCGCGGAGUACUGCUACUACCUUCUUCUAGUUGGCACAUACAACAGCGAUGACAAAAUCCGACAGGCACUUAUCCAUAGCACAGGAGAAUCUCCCGCUGAUCAGUUUACUGAAAAGGUUCGUUCUUUCAGAGAAGAACUCGUGAACAACGCAAAGUACAUUGACCACGAAGCCUUUGAGUUGGUUGUGAGAGAAUGUUGCGGCGAGGUGAAAGAAACUUUGAUAGAAAAUGUGAAAAAAUUCUCAAGGUCCCAAAAACAAAACAGAUCAACUGGUAAAGUGGACUCUAAUCAAAAUUUAGAAACAGAAUUUGUUGCCUGUCUGAUGCACUUGUCUCGGGAAGAUCUAAGAACUAUCAUGGAAGAUCCCCUCAUGAAUGGUAUUCUAAAAGAGAUCAAAACGUCACUAAAGCAAAACAACUGCCACAAGAUGAUUGAAAUCUGGAGGGGUGUUGUCCGGCAGUACGAAACAGGAUUUCUUGUAGAAAGCCUAAUCCAGAGUGGCAAAGGGGAAUCCGGUAAGAUGAAAAUUGUACGAGCAAAAAGCAUGGAAACAGCCGAUCAGUUUUACCACACCCUUAAAUUGGCCCGGAAACUAUCUUCCUUGGAGAAGUCAUUUGAGAUCAUAAGAGAUUAUGGCGGAAUCCAAAUCGAGAAACAGAUGAUGAAAUCAUCAAGUCCUUUCUUCCUUAAGCUCCAGCCAAGGGAAUGCCAGUUUAAAUUUGACUGCCGUUGCAGUGAGCUUGAGCUACGCCCCGGCCGCAAGAAGUGUACCAAUUGUCAACACGUGCACAAGUCAAUCACUCAGUAUGAAGACUUAGAAAACUUGGCGUGUGUCCUCAUCCUGGUUGAUAAAGGUCGCAUGGGGGACACAUUUCCCCAAAGCUUUGAUUGCCUUGACCUUCGACUAAACUAUGACAGUAGUCGGGAAUUCAAAGAGGGCUCACCACUUUUUUUGUCGACUGUCAUUCAAGAACUUGGAAGAAUGUGCCGUUAUGCAAAGGCAUCAACCCGAGAAUCACGUGAUCAGUACACUCCUUAUGUGUUGGUUGGAAGGGAGCUUUUCAAAAGGCUUGGUGAAUCACUGAAACGUUCCCCAGCUAUGAGCACAAUUUCUUGUACCAGAGCUGAUCGGUACAUGUCAACCUCCAAAAGCAAACGCGAGCCAUCAUCUUCACUGCGUUGGUUGGACUAUGAAGCUCAUAAGGAUAGCUAUGAUUACGGAAACAAGCAAACACAUUGCAACAGAAUACUUCUCCAAGCUGAACCCCAGAUCGGCAAGACAGGUACCUAUCUUUGCCUCAUUAAGCAGCUUAGACAAGACAUUCUUGGAAAAGAAAAGAUGCCUCUGACACAAACUACCGCAUUUGAUGAAGGCAGCUUUUAUCUCCAUGAACAAUGCGACUCCCUUGACGAGACAAUAGAAAGGAGCGUGGAAAGCGAUGAUGACUGGCAAUUUCCCUAUUGGAAGACGAUCGAGAACUCUCCCAGCCUUUAUGAAAAAGCGGUGGGACAGGGGAAGUAUUCAAUUGGUGGGCUCUUCUACACUCACGACAUCGAAGAUAGUCCCUUCUUCCUAAUGAAACGAGAAAAGAAGAAGCCAAUUAAGUCAAUUCUCAAUUAUCAGAGAUUGCUAUCAAGAAAUUGUGCAGAUGGUGUUCGCGCAUGGCAUUGGUACCAUUUUGAGAACUGUGUUGAAUGCGGAAGACUACUUCAAGGAGAGCGGCCAGUUUUGGAGACGACUGAAGUAACCAUAGAUGGCGCUCCGGUAGAGGUCACUUGUUCAAUUCCAACCAGCAGUCUAGCAUACAACUACCUGCGAGGUCAUCUCAGGAGUUUUAGGUCAGUGGAAGGGUCCUGGACCGAGUUCAACUGCCCUGGAGUGACCUCGCUGUCUUAUUGGAUAUUCCAUCCCUCUCACAGAGAUGAUCCGCGAAAGUGUCUUCUAAACUAUCAUCACGUGAUGCAAGAAGAAAACCAAGUAGCUCGUUAUCUGCAAGUUGCUGUGGUUCGAAGUGAAAUGUUCCAGGCCUACAAAUCUACCUGGGGGAAGGUGAUUGCAAUAUUUCAGCUGCCAGAUGAACUACCGAACUGCGAACUUGGACCUAGUGAAGGAGGUGUGGGUUACGCGAGGUUGUUUAUUCAGAAAAUUGCAUUUGCUCUAAAGCUGGAAUACAUUUUUGUGAUUGAUGACAAUGUGGCCUUGAUGUCCGAAGCAGUGUUCAAGUCAGACGAAGGAACAACAACAGGUCAGAGCGUUGUCAGAGAUGAGAAUGGAGUGAUGAAGAUGGAAAGAUGUUCUUUCUUAAAACCUCUCACUUACCUUCAGAAGAUUGCAAGCGGAAAGGGCAAUCCACCCGAUGAAAGAAUACAGUACGAGCCACAUCCUUUAAAGGAUCAUCCCGAGGGCCAACAGUUUCCCCUGUAUACGUAUACAGGCCCCGCUAAGUUGUUUGGUGACAGCCCUUUCAAGAGUUAUGGCAUUCUAGGUCUUCUCAGAAGUGUCCCCAUAUCAGUCAGGCCAUUUGCGAAGACCCAGGUUUAUGCUGCUGUUUUGUUGAAUGUCAAAAGCACGGUGGAAAAGAAAGUGUUUUAUCGACCAUGGCCGUGUUGGGAAGACUUGCGCUUCAACGACGAUUGCGACAAAGCUGAUUUAUGGGUAGUGAAAUGCAAUCGCUUUCUUUUUCACAAAGUCCAAUACAACGACUGGAUCAAGGAUCUCGCACGUCCGACUAUUUUUGUAUGGAAAAAAGAUAGCUUUCUGGAAAAACGACCACUUGCUAGUGAGCUGCCAAAGGUUGUUGAGGAGGAAAUCAUCUUGGACCACCUCCGCAGCUUUGUCAACACUAAGGGCCAUGAGAAUUGCUUCAAAGGACAGAUUGGAUAUGAUCGGCCGGACGAUUGUGAGGACCAACUCUCCCCCACAAAAAUUAUUGACAGUCUUGACCUUCAGAACUACGAAUGGAAGGAGCUCGGUUCCACUGAUGAAGUUCCAGUCCUUAUUGUGUCGUACUGUGCUUCAGUUGCUAAUCGGAAGACCAGAGACAUGAUGCUUUUGAUUUCAGCGUUUUGUGCAGCCCAAGAAAAGAUUAUUUUCAUCACGAGUGCUGAAGAUGCAUUAGAAAGGUGGCACGGGUUGACUCUCGCGACCAUAGCGUCGCACAAUGGAAUUUGCCUCACUUCCGAAAUGAGCGACAGAUGUGGUCGGUUUUCCAUUUUGUCUGCCGCUGACCCUAGAAGACAUCAUUUACGGUGGAUUGUGAUCGAAGCAUCCUUCUCGAAAGAAGAUGGCAUGAUUCUGGAAGAAUUAAAUGUAGCUGUUGAAAAAAACGUCUCUGAAAAUGCCACAAAAGCGGACGAAAGUAUCCUUGCUGAUCAUCAGCAACACUUCAGUGGAGAAAGAACAAAAGCGUCUGAAGAGGGAUCUCUCAGCACAAAGAGUAAAGUAAUUGUGGAUGUAGGAACGUCCCACCAACCACUGUUAAGAAGAGAUUCAGGUACCACAGAAUCCCUUAGUGCAAACCGUUCUGCUCAUGAAAUCUCAUGCCUUAAAAGGCCUUUUCAUGAAACUCUAGAGCCAUUUGGUCAGGAAUGUUCAAGUGUCAAGAAAUCCCAUGAAGAAGUCACCUGUCAAAAAUCAUCUUUUCUCCCCUCACACACUUUUCGUCAUGAUUCACCUAAUGCAAAGCAAAAAAUUGUUGAAGAGUCUCCAAGCAAGCGACGAAAAAUUGUUGAUUACUUUUGCCAGAAAAUUAACCAAACGCGCGACGAACAGAGUGUCAAAAAAACGUUUGAAAAGGGAGGGACAGCCGGAGAGUCAUCCAAUAGCAGGAAAGUGGAAAGAAAGAGAUUAAGUGUCGACGACAGAGGAGAGAGUAACAGCAAUAGGAAUGAACACAGUGAAGCCAUUUCGGAAACAGAACAAUCAAAAGUAAAACUAAAGAAAAAGAAAAAGCAACUCAAGACUGAAAGUAAUCAGAAAAGUAGAAACCCUAUUCAUACUGGCCACGAGAGCAUGCUGAGGAGCGAAGAAGACAAGCACAUGGCAUUCACAUCUUCUCAACAUGAUGUACGUGACGUAUAUGUUGUGAACGAGAACGGCGGAGAGACGUCGAGUGGCAAGAAAGUGAAAAAAAAGAAAAGUGGGAGCAAAAGCAGUGAAGAGCGUAACAGAAAGGGAAGUAAAAAUGAUGAAGCCACUUCGGCAAACGAACAGCCACAAGUGAGAAAGAAAAAGAAAAAGGAAUUCAAAAGUGAAAGUAGCCAGAAAAUUAGGAGCCCCACUCAUGCUUGUCAAGGUCAAGAGAUAAUGUCAAAGAACAAAGAGGACAAGCAGAAGGCAUCUACAUCUUCGCUACAUGAAGAAACUGAUGAAGAUGUAGAAACCACAUCUAAUGCUAGCAGCCACACAAGCACGUAUUCCAUACAAGGGGAGGACACAGAAUGGCCGAAUGUACCAGAUACGUACAGUGCUGCUGAUGUCGCAAGUAACAGCGAUUUUAAUACAAGUUCCCUACGUAGAACUUCCACUUCAAGAAAUCAAAACGCCGAAAAAAUGUCAUUGUACAUGGCGGGAACUAACGACGUCACAGAAGUUAUUGUUAACCUUUGGAAUCAACGCAAACAGAUGGGAAAACGAGAGGAUCUUUCAAAAGGACACGUUCAAAAAAGUCUCGAUUGCUUUGUAAAAGGGAAUUUGGAGACAAAAGACCAACAUGGCUACAAUGCACUUUUAAAGGCGUGUUCCUUGCCUUCUAUGAGUCCUCAUGUAAUGCAGCACCUGAUAGUCGUUGAAAAAGUGGACUUAAACUGUAGGCUUCCAGAUGACUUUGACGAGCACCACCCCUCAGCCAAAGGGUUAAUUCCAGGAAUGUCCGCUCUGUCAGUGGCAAUAAGGAGACAAAAUAUAAGCUGCAUAUCAACCUUCAAAAGACGAGAAUCAGAAAUCAAAGUACGAGACGCUGACCAGGAGGGGAACACAGCCUUGCAUCACUGUGUUGCAUCGGCAUCGAAAGGAGCAUUCCAGAAGCUGUUUCCCCUUUAUAAACAAUUAGACUGGAAAGAAAUGUUUAACCGCGAACGGAAAAGUCCUCUGCACAUCGCACAGAAGUUGGCAAUAGACAGUGCUGGAAAAAAGAAGCAAGCACUAGGAUACAUUCUUGAGGAAAUGGAGGGAAGGAGCCGUUCAUAUGUAAUC